GACUAAGUGGCAAGGGUUAUUUUUUUCUAUUACAUUGACACUUAUACAUAAGGAGGACUUUGAGGAGUGAUGUUUUUGGAAACAAAAACAGAAAAAGGCAAACACUGUAAUGUCUGGACAAGGAAGAGUAAGAGCAAGGGGCCCAGGGAGAAGAGCAGGAGCAGGGAGAGGAGCAGUGAGAGGAGCAGGAGCAGUGAGAGGAGCAGGAGUAGUGAGAGGAGCAGUGAGAGGAGCAGGAGUAGUGAGAGGAGCAGGAGUAGUGAGAGGAGCAGUGAGAGGAGCAGGAGUAGUGAGAGGAGCAGGAGUAGUGAGAGGAGCAGGAGCAGUGAGAGGAGCAGUGAGAGGAGCAAGAGCAGGAGCAGUGAGAGGAGCAGGAGCAGUGAGAGGAGCAGGCCCAAGGAGAGGGCAAGGUAGAGGUGUACGAAUGCGUGGUGGUGGCAUUCCAAGGGCUGCAAGAACAGUAGUCAGUGAUGAAAUUUGUGCCACUAUCGUUGACCAUGUAAUCAACCACGGUCUUUCACUAAGAGAGGCUGGUGAAAGAGUGCAGCCCAAUUUGAGGCGGUCAACGGUUGCCUCCAUUAUACGCAUCUUUCAACAAACCAACAGAAUGCAACGUCUUCCACCCUCUGGGGGAAGAGGAAAGCUCCUCAAUAAUGAUCAAGAGCUUGCCAUUGUAGAAAUGGUUGUUGCAAAUAAUGCAAUAAAACUGCAUGAAAUUCAAGCUAGAAUUGUGGAGGACCAUGAGAUAUUUGACAAUAUCGAUAGCAUCAGCCUCACAACCAUUACACGGACAUUGUCCAAACACAGAGUGCGGAUGAAGCAGCUCUACACUGUUCCCUUUGAGAGGAACAGUGAGAGAGUCAAGGAGCUACGACGACAGUAUGUCCAGAGAGUUAUGGAAUUGGAGGCCAACCAGACCCCUCAUGAAUUCAUAUACAUAGAUGAGGCAGGAUUCAAUCUGGCCAAAAGGCGUCGACGUGGACGAAAUAUAAUUGGGAAAAGGGCCACAGUUGAUGUGCCAUGACAGAGAGGGGCAAACAUUACCAUGUGUGCGGCAAUUGCAAAUGCAGGAUUACUCCAUCACAGAUGUCAGGUUGGACCCUAUAAUACCGAGCGCGUCCUCGCCUUUCUCAAUGAUCUCCACCAGCACCUGGUUCCAGAGCAGGAUCAGGAGGGUGAAAACAUGAGGACCUUUGUAAUUACCUGGGACAAUGUGGCUUUCCAUCAUUCGCAAGCAAUAACAACAUGGUUUGAAGUCCACCCAAGACUGGUAAGUCUCUUCCUUCCACCCUAUUCACCUUUCCUCAACCCCAUAGAGGAGUU